AUGUCUACAGUCACGUUAACAAAGGAGUCGCAUAAGACACCAUCAUCGUUCAGAGUCAAGUAUAAGGACUGCAAGGACAUUUUAGGAGAUAAUGAAGUAUCCAAAAAGAAUAUAAAUAACAAGUUGCCUACGCUUUACUCUGCUUCGAAGGUGGCUAUUAUUGGAGCCGGAUUUGGUGGAAUUGGAACUGCAAUCAAGACUAUGAAGGAGUUGCAUGAAGAAGAUUUCACUAUAUUUGAUAGACUCGAUAAUUUUGGAGGCACUUGGUAUGCCAACACGUAUCCCGGAUGUGCUUCAGAUAUCCCAGCAUUGUGGUACUCCUAUUCCUUUGCUUUAGCAACUAACUGGAGCAAAGUACAACCUUUUCAAUACGAAAUGGAGGAAUAUAUUUUGAGAGUUGCUGAAGAAUUCAACUUGAGACCAAAGACUAGGUUUCAAACAUAUAUCGACAAGUGUGUAUUUGAUGAGGAUUCAGGGGAGUGGACCUUGUAUGCGCACGACACGAAAUCAGGUCAAAAGGUUGAACACAAGGCCAAGGUCUUGGUUGGAUGCACUGGUGGGUUAGUGUAUCCAAAUCAAUUGCGAUCUGAAGGAAUGGAGAAAUUUAAGGGGGUUUAUAUGCAUUCGGCGGUAUGGGACCAUUCGGUUGAUUUUAAGGGUAAGAAUGUUGUUGUUGUUGGAAACGGAUGUUCUGCGAACCAAGUCGUUCCUGCUUUGUUGAAUAAUCCUCAGUAUAAUGUUGGAUCAAUAACUCAAAUUUCGAAAUCAAAGCAUUAUAUUAUGCCACCUGUUCCAUCAUUUUUGCAGUGGCUUUACCGUUUGUUGAGCUUUAACUAUUAUGGUUUGUUAUUGGUUCGUUGGCUCACGAUAGCACUUGCUGAGGCACGAGUUCCACUCUACAAGGGAAACGGGUUGUUGUCAAGAUUUGUGCGUUGGGUUAAUAGCUCGAUUUCAAACAGGUAUGUGAAGAAAUACGCGCCUGCAAAGUAUCACGAUUUGCUUAUUCCCCAUUACAAGAUUGGUUGCAAAAGAUUGAUUUUUGACUACAACUAUGUGCCCUCUUUACAUGACCCGAGAAUAGAGAUUACCAAUGAAAACAUUAAAAGAGUUGUUGAAGAUGGUAUUAUUUUGACCAAUGAUAAGUUUGUGCCUGCGGAUAUAAUUGUUGCUUGUACUGGUUACAACCUUGCCAAGUCUUUUAAGUUACCAAUCCUGACUACUAAAGGUGUAUCACUUAAUAAGUUUUGGGAUACCGAAGGUCCAAGUGCUUAUUGUACUAUAUUGCCUAAACAAAUUCCCAAUUUGUUUUUGAUUGGUGGUCCCAACUCGGCAACAGGCCAUUCAUCAGUGGUGAUGGCUAUUGAAAAUGGUAUUGAUUACUACUUGAAAGUUGCUAAACCGGUUUUGCAAGGUAAAAAGAAGUCAGUUGUGGUUAAAACCGAGGCAUAUGACAAUUGGUUCAAGACAAUACAGGAAGAAUUGCGAAAGAGUGUGUUUGGUACCCCAUUUGGUGGCUGCAUUUCUUGGUACAGUAAUGGAGAAGUUAACAGUACUGCAUAUGCCUGGAGUCAAAUUAGUUAUUGGUACAUUACCCAUUUUCCAAACUACAAAGACUUGAUAUAUACACCAGCAGCGGAUACCAAGAAGAAGGCAUAA